AUGGUAACGCAGCCGAUAUGGGUCAGAUAUUGUCUCGUAGUCCAGUUUGAUGAGAUGGAAGAUACAGAGCGUACUCCUGACGUUAAUACAAGCUCUCCGGAUUUGCUGAAGAACACACCUUCAAACAUCACCAGGUUAGAAGAUGUAAUCGAGCAAUGCCGUGCCAGACAAAAGUAUCUCGCUCAAACCGCAAAUCCGUCAGAUUGCAGUGAUGUUUGUUGGUACUUCUGUAAGGUUCCUUUGCCUGACAACGAAAUAGCUGCUUCAGUACCUCGCACCGAUGUGAUAGGAAAGAGUGAGUAUUUAUGUUUGGUCAUUGAUGUUUGCAUUGGUUGA